AAAUAUAUAUUCAUCAUUCAUCAACUGUCAUCACCAUGUUCCAAAGAGAAGCCAAUUCAAAUCUCUUUUUAGGAGGUGAACGCACCACAGGCCAAGACGUACGAGCCAGCAAUGUACUCGCGGCUGCAUCAAUUGCUAAUAUUGUCAAGAGUUCCCUUGGCCCUGUUGGACUUGACAAGAUGAUGGUGGAUGAGAUUGGUGAUGUCACAAUUAGUAAUGAUGGUGCUACUAUUUUACAAUUAUUAGAGAUUGAGCACCCUGCUGGAAAAGUUUUGGUAGAGCUUGCUCAGCAGCAAGAUCGCGAGGUUGGUGAUGGUACAACUUCUGUUGUAAUUAUUGCUGCCGAACUCUUGAAGCGCGCCAACGAGCUUGUUAAGAACAAGAUCCAUCCAACAACCAUUAUUACUGGCUACCGUCUUGCAUCCAAGGUAGCCUGCAAAUUUAUUGCGGAUCAGAUGGCUGUCAAGGUAGACACACUUGGAAAAGAGUGUUUGAUAAAUGCUGCCAAGACCUCAAUGAGUUCCAAAAUCAUUGGCUCUGAUUCGGAUUUCUUUGCCAAUCUCGCAGUAGAAGCUAUUUUGGCCGUAAAAUCUACCAACGGUCGUGGUGAAACCAAGUACCCCGUCAAGGCUGUCAACAUUCUUAAAGCCCACGGAAAGUCUGGACGCGAGUCUGUAUUUGUCCGCGGUUACGCUAUCAAUUGCACAGUCGCUUCUCAGGCCAUGAAGACUCGUAUCAUCAAUGCAAAGAUUGCAGUUUUGGACAUGAACCUUCAAAAGGCACGCAUGCACCUUGGUGUCAACAUUGUUGUCGAUGAUCCCGAUAAGCUUGAAGAUAUUCGCAAAAGAGAGAUUGGAAUCACUACCGAACGUAUCCAAAAGAUCCUGGCUACUGGUGCCAAUGUUAUCAUGACAACAAAGGGUAUUGACGACAUGUGCCUCAAGCUGUUUGUUGAGGCUGGUGCAAUGGCUGUCCGUCGUUGCAAAAAGGAGGAUCUGAAGCGUAUUGCCAAAGCCACUGGCGCUACCUUCAUUUCUUCAUUGGCUAACCUGGAAGGCGAAGAGACCUUUGAGGCUUCUUACUUGGGUCAUGCGGACGAGGUUGUUCAGGAGCGCAUUUCGGAUGAUGAGUGCUUGCUCGUAAAGGGCACCAAGAUCCAGAACUCUGCUUCAAUCAUUCUCCGUGGUGCUAAUGACUACAUGUUGGAUGAGAUGGAGAGAUCGUUGCACGAUUCAUUGUGUGUUGUCAAGCGUACUUUGGAGAGCAACAGUGUCGUGCCUGGCGGUGGUGCAGUAGAGUCCGCCCUGAGUAUCUAUCUCGAGAACUUUGCUACUAGUGUCGCUUCGCGUGAGCAAUUGGCUAUUGCUGAAUAUGCUAAUGCCCUUUUAGUUAUUCCCAAGACUUUAGCUGUUAAUGCUGCCAAAGAUUCAACUGAAUUGGUUUCAAAGCUGCGUGCUUACCACAACGCUGCCUUGAACGACACUGCUGAUGAGCGCAAGCGGGUCCUCAAGUAUUAUGGUCUUGAAUUGAUCAACGGCUCUGUCCGAGACAACCUUAAGGCAGGUGUCUUGGAACCUUCGAUGUCAAAAAUCAAAUCUCUCAAGAGUGCUACUGAGGCUGCCAUUGCUAUUCUGAGAAUUGACGAUUUUAUCAAAGUCCUGCCUGAUCAGCGAGGCAACCCCGAAGAUGAUGGACACGGCCAUUAAAUAAAUACACCAUCUCAUUAUUAUUAUCAUUAUUAUUUUUUAAUUUUUUUUUGCUUUGUUUAUUUUCUAUAAGAAUUCAAUAAAAUCCACCAAUCAUCCUCAUACUUC